AUUCGAGAGGUUAACAAACGUGACACAUGUGAGUGACCAAAUAAUUUCUCCAGCAGACUAACGUUAACAUUAACAAACUUAGAAUGGAGUACAUGUCAGAUUUACCGGCAGCUCCGGUGCAAAACAGGAUAUUAUGCUGCGAAUGUGGCAUUCCAAUAGAGCCCAACCCGGCAAAUAUGUGUGUGGCCUGUCUUCGUUCGCAGGUCGAUAUUACUGAAGGCAUUCCAAAACAGGCCACUCUGCACUUUUGUCGAGGAUGUGAGAGGUAUUUACAGCCACCAGCUGAGUGGGUAAGCUGUGCAUUGGAAUCCAGAGAAUUGCUGUCACUGUGCCUUAAGAAGUUGAAAGGUUUAAACAGAGUGAAGCUUAUUGAUGCUGCCUUUGUUUGGACUGAACCCCAUUCCAAACGUAUCAAGGUUAAAUUAACUGUUCAUGGUGAAGUUGUUGGGGGAGCAGUUCUGCAACAGGUGUUUGUUGUUGAAUAUGUAAUCAAUCAUCAAAUGUGUGAUGAGUGUCACAGGUCUGAAGCUAAAGAUUUCUGGAGGGCACUUGUACAAGUUAGACAAAGAGCUGAGAACAAGAAGACCUUCUUUUACUUGGAACAAUUGAUUCUAAAGCACAAAGCCCAUGAAAAUACAUUGGGAAUAAAGCCCAUCCAUGGUGGAUUGGAUUUCUUUUAUACCACAGAGGCACAUGCAAGGAAAAUGGUGGAUUUCGUGGCAUCAGUUUUGCCAUGUAAAUACCAGCAUUCCAAAAAAUUGAUUUCACAUGAUAUACACAGUAAUGUAUAUAAUUACAAGUUUACAUAUUCUGUUGAAAUUGUCCCAGUUUCUAAGGACAGUGUUGUGUGCCUAUCAAAAAAGCUUACACAAACUUUAGGAGGCAUAUCACCAAUUUGUUUGGUGUACCGUGUCACAAACUCCCUACAUUUGAUAGAUCCAACAACUGCACAAAUUGCCGAAGUAAGCAGUACAGUAUAUUGGAGAUAUCCAUUCCAAUGUAUAUGCAACCCUAAACAAUUGGUUGAGUACAUAGUUAUGGACAUUGAACCCAUAAUGGACAAAGACAGGAAUUUCUUUCCUGGCCAAGGUGCUAUAUCAAACAAACAUGUACUUUCAGAUAUUUGGGUUGUAAGAGCUAGUGAAUUAGGAGUUAAUGACAAUACAAUCCAUACUAGAACUCAUCUAGGUCAUAUUUUAAAACCUGGGGAUUCUGUGUUGGGGUACAACAUUGAAGACAGUAACAUAAAUGAUGAUAAUUUUGAAAAACUGGAUAAAAGUAAAACACCUGAUGUUAUUUUGGUAAAGAAAUAUUAUGAUAAAUCUGCAAUUAGAAAACAAAGAUUAUGGAAACUCAAACACUUGGCUGAUGAUGAAAUGGCUGUUGACAGAGACACUAAUGAUUACCAUGAAUUUUUGGAUGACUUGGAAGAAGAUCCAGCUCUGAGACAAAACAUAAAUAUAUUCAAAGAUAAAAAUAAAAUAAUUCCUGUAGAUUCUAAUGAUGAGUGUGACCCAAGUGUUCCAAGAGUUACUCUUGAAGAAAUGUUGGAUGAUUUGGUCAUUGAUGAUGUUGAAAUGUCAGAAAUAUAAUUUUAUUUUUUUACUUUGGUUUAAAAAAUAUGUUAACGCAAA